CUUUGGUAGACGCAUCGACCCCUUUAUUCUAAUGUCGUCGCAGAAUCCUAAGCUAAGGGGAAGAAAAAAUGGCCACGCCAUGGUCGCCGGCGUUAGGCUUUGCAGUGAUCCUCGCCUCCUGCUUCGGGGCCACGGCCUACUCGAGACCACCGGCUGGCAAAAUUCUGACGGUGGAAAGUUCUGAGUCUGACUCCCAUCCUCAGCAGGUUCAUGUUUCCAUGGUGGGAUCCGAUCACAUGCGUAUUUCAUGGAUCGCCAAAGAAAAGAAUACUCCUUCGCUUGUUGAAUACGGCAAAAUACCCGGCGUUUAUGACAGAUCUGCCACCGGCGAGAGCACCUCAUAUCGCUUCUUCUUCUACACCUCCGGCGAAAUCCACCACGUCAGUGUCGGCCCAUUGGAUUCCAACACCACAUAUUACUACCGCUGCGGCGGCGUUGGCGACGAGCUCGCCUUCAAAACUCCACCUGCAGCUCUUCCUGUCGACUUCGUGCUCGCAGGAGAUUUGGGGCAAACGGACUGGACGGCAUCCACUCUCUCACACAUAAACAACUCAGACUACGACAUCCUUCUCCUCCCCGGCGACCUCUCAUACGCCGACUCCCAACAACCGCUCUGGGACUCCUUCGGCCGCCUUGUACAACCCCAAGCAAGCCGCCGGCCAUGGAUGAUCACACAAGGCAACCAUGAGAUCGAAUCCCUUGUUCCCAUCUUCCGCAUCCACGCCUUCGCCGCCUACAACGCGCGCUGGCGCAUGCCAUUUGAGCAGAGCUCCUCUGCUUCCAACCUCUACUAUUCGUUCGAUGUGGCCGGAGGGGAGGCUCAUGUGCUUAUGCUCGGUUCUUAUGCCGAUUAUGGCGUCCGGUCACAGCAGUACAAGUGGUUAAAGGCAGAUGUUGGGAAGGUUGACAGGAAGAAGACGCCAUGGGUGCUGGCGAUUGUUCAUGUGCCGUGGUAUAAUACGAACGAUGCGCACCAAGGGGAGGGUGAGGGAAUGAGAAAGGAAGUGGAGAAGCUCGUCUUUGAUGCGAAGGUCGACAUUGUCUUCGCCGGCCACGUCCACGCCUAUGAGCGAUUUACGAGAAUAUAUGACAACUGUUACAAUCCUUGCGGUCCUAUAUACAUAACCAUUGGAGAUGGAGGAAACAGGGAAGGUCUUGCCAACCAUUUUAACGAACACCACAAAGCUGCCCAUCUCUCUGUAUUUAGAGAAGCAAGCUUCGGCCAUGGCAGACUUAGGAUAUUGGACAAUAAGCGAGCUCAUUGGACGUGGCACCGUAACAAUAGUUCGAAUUCAGAGGUGGGAGAUGAGCUAUGGAUAGAGAGUUUGAGCUCCUCAGCUUCAUGCAUGACAAAACAGAAUUCUGCAACUCAUUCCAAUGAUGAGCUUUAGA